AUGGCUGAAUCAUUUUUUUCUGAAUUUGGAUUGGUGUGGUAUCUGGAAGAGCUCAGAAAGGAAGAGUUCUGGAAAUUUAAGGAGUUCCUCAGGCAAGAACCUCAGAAAUUUCAACUGAAGCCAAUCCCCUGGACUGACAUCAAGAAGUCUUCAAAAGAAGACUUAGCAAGGCUGUUAGAUAAGCAUUACCCAGGGAAGCAGGCCUGGGAUGUGACACUGAGCCUGUUUCUCCAAAUCAAUCGUAGAGAUCUCUGGCAAAAGGCUCAGGACGAGAUGAGAGAUGCACCAAAACUCUACAGAAAUCACAUGAAGGAAAAAUUCCAACUCAUAUGGCAAACAGGAACCUGCCUUCCAGUUCCUGAGAAUUUCUACAAAGAGACCACAAGGAUUGAGUACAUAGAAUUGCAUAAGGCCUGUACUGCUAAGGACGUUGAGCCAGUCACUGUGGUUUUGAGUGGUCCUGAAGGGAUUGGGAAAACAACACUUUUAAGAAGAGUGAUGCUAGACUGGGCAUCAGGAAAUUUCUUGAACCAAAGAUUUACAUUUGUUUUCUUCUUCAAUGUCUAUGAAAUGAAAUCUAUUAUGGAGACAAGCCUAGUGGAGUUAAUCUCCAGGGACUGGCCUGAGUCUUCAGAAACAAUCAGUGAUAUUUUUUCCCAACCAGAGCGAAUUUUGUUCAUCUUGGAUGGCUUUGAGCAAUUGAAAUUUGAUAUGAAAGGCAACAUUAACUUGUGUGAUGACUGGAGGCAUAGACAGUCACCACAAAUUAUCCUGAGAAGCUUAUUGCAGAAAAGGAUGCUUCCGGAAUCUUCUCUCCUUCUUGCAUUAGGAAAAGUGAGUAUGCACAAAAAUUAUUGUUGGCUGCUAGAUCCAAUUGAUAUAACUGUUGUAGGAUUCUCUGAAGAUGCAAGAAAGUUGUAUUUCUCCUACUUCUUCCAUGGGAAGGAUAAAGGAUUGAAAGCCUUCAAGUUUGUGAAAGGGAUUAAACACCUGUUUUCCUUAUGCCAAAAUCCUUUAGUAUGCUGGAUGAUCUGCACUUGUAUGAAAUGGCAACUUGAGAAGGGAAGAGACAUGAAAGUAGCUUCUGAAACAACCACCUCUUUCUAUAUAUCCUUUUUAACAAGUGUGUUCGGAGCAGGAAGUGAGAACUGUCCACCUAAGAACAGAGACCUACUUAAAAGCCUGUGUGCCCUGGCCUCAGAGGGAAUGUGGACUCAGACAUUUGUGUUUAGCUCUGAGGAUCUCAGGAGGAAGGGGGUCUCUGAAUCUGAUGUCAUGGUAUGGGUGGGCAUGAGACUUUUUCAACAGAGGGGUGACUGUUUUACCUUCAACCAUGUGUGUAUCCAAGAGUUUUGUGCAGCUAUGUUCUACUUCCUCAAAGAACCCACAGACCAUCCUAACCCUGCCAUUGGCAGUGUAACCCAUCUUGUAACAGCAAGUAUAACUGAAGUCCAAGCCCACUUAUGCCAGAUGGGAGUAUUUGUGUUUGGACUUUCAAAUGAAACAAUAAUCAGCAGGCUGGAGACCUUUGGUUUUCAGGUGUCAAAACAGAUAAAGCAGGAAAUAAUCCAAAGUCUCAGUAAAAUAAUCCAGUGUUUCAGUAAAUGUGAACCUGCUGAGGAUCUGGUAUGUUCCCAGGAGUUAUUCAAUGGUCUGUUUGAAAACCAGGAGGAAGAAUUCAUAAUACAAGUGCUGGAUUUAUUUGAAGACUUUUUUGUCUAUAUUGGUAAUAUGGAAGAACUAGUUAUAUCUUCAUUCUGCCUAAAGCAUUGCCGGAAGUUAAAGAAACUUCACCUGUGUGUGGAUCUACUCUUUCUAGAUAAUCAUGAACUCAUCUCAGAGCACUCUGAGGUACUCUCCUAUUGGGAAGAAUUGUGCACGGUGUUCAGCAAAAGCACGAACAUCCAGAUGUUGGAUUUGGAUAACUCUGCGCUGGACAGUGACUCUCUGGCAAUUCUUUUUAAAGCACUGGCUCAGCCCGUUUGUAAACUCCAAACAUUGGCGUAAGUUUUGCAUGAACCUUUUACCUAAAAGCACUUAGGAAAUGGUUUAGACUUCUGUAAGGCAAUUCUUCAUAAUCCUCAACUGAAACACCUGAAUCUGUAUGGCACUGAUAUCCCCCAUUCUGGGAUCAAACGCCUAUGUGAGACUCUGCGGCACCCAGCGUGCAAUGUGGAAGAUCUAGUGUUGGGGAAGUGUGACAUCACAGGUGAAGAUUGUGCAGACAUCGCCUCUCUCAUCAUCCACAAGAAGGUGAAACGCCUCUCCUUAGUAGAAAAUACCGUGAGGAAUGAAGGAGCAAAGAUGCUAUGUGAAGCCCUGAAACACCCAAACUGUGCCUUGGAGACCCUGAUGUUGUCAUACUGCUGUCUCUCUUCUGUCGCCUGUGAAUACUUCUCCCAAGCCCUUUUGUGUAACAAAUCCCUGUCUCUCCUUGAUCUGGGAUCAAAUUUCCUGGAAGAUAGUGGAGUAGCUGCUCUGUGUGAAGCUUUGAAGCAGCCAGGUUGCAUCCUGCAGGAGUUGUGGUUGCCAGGUUGUUACCUCACUUCUGAUUGCUGUAAAGACAUCUCUGCCACUCUCAUUUGCAAUGAAAAACUACAUACCCUGAAACUUGGGAACAAUAACAUACAGGAUGCUGGUGUCAAACACUUAUGUGAAGCUUUGAGGCACCCUAAGUGUAAAUUACAGAGGCUGGGGCUGGAUGUGUGUCAGCUGACCACAGCAUGUUGUGAUGACCUUGCCUCAGCUCUCACUGCCUGUAAAACACUGAAGAGCCUGAACCUUGACUAUAUUACCUUGGACCAUGAUGGAGUGGUGGUGCUGUGUGAGGCUUUGAGCCACCAGGACUGUGUCCUGGAGACACUUGGGCUGGACGUAUCUGUAUUUGAUGAGGAAAUUCUGAUGGUGCUGCAAGCCAUGGAGGAAAAAGUCUCCCACCUAAAUAUCUCUCCUUACCCUUGGCUUAGGGAGGAGCACAUGAUGAGGGGUUUGCUCAUCUGA